AUGAUCACCCUUUUGUCGACUGCCCUGUUCGGCAGCCAAGUAUAUGCCGCUACGCAGACCGUGUUAGGGCCAGAGGGGGCUGAUCCCUUUACGGUGUUUCGCAGCCCACACUUACCGGCAUAUUCAAUUCGCAUCCAGGAGCAGAAUGACUCGAUCUGUGAUGCUCGUUCACCCCAAUUCACUGGUUGGCUCGACAUUGGCCCGAAGCAUCUUUUCUUUUGGUAUUUUGAAAGCCAGAAUGACCCCUUCCAUGAUCCCCUAACGCUAUGGAUGACUGGGGGCCCAGGAGAUUCGAGUAUGAUUGGACUUUUCGAAGAAGUUGGCCCUUGCCGGAUUAAUGAGUUUGGGAAUGGAACAGAUCACAACCCCUGGGCCUGGACCAAGAAUUCAUCACUUCUUUUUGUUGACCAGCCAGUCGAUGUCGGGUUUUCCUAUAUCGAUGAGGGCUAUGAGCUGCCUCAUGACUCACGUGAAGCCGCGGGCCGGUACAUUCCUUAUCUGGCGACCCAAAUCUUGGAACAAAAUGAACUGUAUAAAGAUAGCCCCAGGAUACCGCUGAAAUCGUGCUUGGUGGGUAACGGAUUCAUGUCACCCAAGGAUGCAACGUUCGGGUAUUGGGAAACACUGUGUACUACUAACCCAGGAGUCCCAUCUCCUAUCUUCAAUGAAACUAGGUGUGAUAUUAUGGCGGCGAAUAUGCCGCACUGUAUGGAUCUAUAUGACAUAUGCAUUCAACACUCAGACCCCGCGAUAUGUCAUGCGGCCCAGUCCGUCUGUUACGAUGGUGUUGUAGGGUGGUAUGAUAACGAGGCCGGCGCUGAUGGCCGUAACAGAUUUGAUAUCACUGCACCUUGUGAGAUCGACGAAAUGUGCUAUAUCGAAGCGGCUCUAAUUGAGAGAUAUUUGAAUUCGCCAUCUGUUUGGGAGGCCCUGUCGCCACCACAACAGGUUACCGAAUACAAAUUCGUCGCUACUUCUGUUAUUGAUGCAUUUGCUCAAUCAGCGGACGGCAUGGUGUCGAGCUCGAAGCAGACCGCUUUCUUACUCGCAAAUAAUGUUGACUUCUUAGCGUAUCAAGGCAACCUUGAUCUCGCCUGUAAUACGGCUGGCAACCUACGUUGGGCGAACUCGCUUUCUUGGAAAGGCCAGACAGAAUUUACAGCAAAGCCCUUACUUCCGUGGGUCUCGAUCAACUCUGGGAGCCAGGAACCUGUGGGGGUUGCGAAGGAAAUUCAGGUUUCGGUCGGUGAAGGGACGGACGAAACGCCACGCUUUGCCUUUGUGACUGUGGACAACGCUGGACACCUGUUGCCCCAAGAUCGGCCGGAUGUAGCGCUUGACAUGAUGAUUCGCUGGAUUACUGGGGCAUCCUUUGUUUAA